AUGCGGCUCUCUGCUCAGGCAUAUCAGAGGUCCCAGAUUGCCAUUGGGCCAACCGCGAUUCAGGGAAACUGUGAGGAUGGAUCUUGUUAUCCAACUAUAGGAGAUCUUCUUGUGGGACGUAAUAAGCUGCUCUCGGCUUCAUCAACAUGUGGACAGGAUGAACCUCAAAGAUAUUGCAUCAUCAGCUAUUUAGAGGAUGAUCAAAAAUGUUUUAUGUGUGAUUCCAGAUAUCCAUAUAAUCCUUAUAAUCAACCAAACAGUCACCAGAUUGAAAAUGUUAUAACAACGUUUGAUUCAGACUGGAAGAAUAAGUGGUGGCAAUCAGAAAAUGGCAUUGAUUAUGUCAGCAUUAGACUGGACUUAGAAACAUUGUUCCAGUUUAGCCAUCUUGUAAUGACCUUCAAGUCAUUUCGACCUGCAGCCAUGCUGGUUGAGCGAUCUCGUGACUUUGGAAGAACAUGGAAAGUAUUUAAAUACUUUGCUCAGAACUGUGCAUCAGCUUUUCCUGGCAUCCCAGAAGGGCAUGCUGAUGAUGUCGGGGAUGUGGUUUGUGACUCUAGGUAUUCAGACAUUGAGCCAUCCACAGAAGGGGAGGUGGUUUUAAAAGCACUUGAUCCUAGUUUCGAGAUUAUUGAUCCUUAUGAUCCCUAUAUACAAGAUAUAAUUACUCUCACUAAUCUAAGAAUCAAUUUUACAAAGCUUCACACUUUUGGGGACACACAUAGCAAUGGGUGGCAGAGUGAGCCCCAUGAGAAAUACUACUAUGGCUUAUAUGAAAUGAUCGUGAGAGGAAACUGUUUCUGCAAUGGACAUGCUAGCCAAUGUGUUCCUGUGGAUAACAUGAGAGGUGAUGUGUUCAGUCAGCCUGGAAUGGUUCAUGGUAAAUGUGUCUGUCAACAUAACACAGAUGGCCUCAACUGUGAAAAAUGUAAAGAAUUUUAUAAUGAUGCACCAUGGAGCCCAGCAGUUGGUUUUGAAGACAAUGCGUGCAGAAAAUGCAACUGUAAUGAACACUCCGAUAAGUGUCACUUUGAAAUAAAGGUCUAUCAAGCCAAUAAUGGCACCGGUGGCGGUGUUUGUGAUAAUUGUCAGCACAACACUGUAGGAAAUCAGUGUGAAUUUUGCAAGCCAUACUUCUAUAAUGAUCCUCUUAAAGAAAUUUCGGACCCAGACACUUGUAUUCCCUGUGACUGUGACCCAGGCGGAACACACGGUGGUGGAAUAUGUGAGGGCCACACAAACCGCAAACUGGGAAUCAUUGCAGGGACAUGCCUAUGCAAACAAAAUGUAGAAGGAAUCCGCUGUGAUCAGUGUAAACCAGGCUAUUUUGGAAUGAGCGCUAUCAAUUUUUUGGGUUGCCAAUGUAAGUAG